AUGUCCAGAGUCAAGUCAGGCAUUGUGGACCCUGGUUAUCGCUUUCUGAAGCCCACACUGUUGGUCAAUGUGACCACCCCUGAACGAAAGAAGAUGUACAUGUUGAAUUGGCUCUCUGCUCAUCUGGCUUGGAUGAAUCGAGUUGACAUUUGGUCUCUGCAGAAGAACCCUUCCCCUCAGAUGUGGAGUCACUUCCUCAAUGGUACUGACACAGAGCACUUGCCCUCUGGCACCCAGAGGGCAUCCAUGAAGUUGGCAGUUCAGGAAAUUUUGGGGGACAUCAUUCAAACAGCUCAUGAUGAUCCUGUUCAUAUGUUGGAAGAGAUUGAGUGGAGGGGAAUGCAGGUUAACCCACCCCUUCAUUUCACACAUUCCCUUUUAUGGGAACUCUAUGAACUCAACUUCUGCUAUGAACUUCAUGCACUCAAUCAGGCCCUUGUCCCACAGCUUUGGCCUGAUAGCCUAGAUAAGUAUAUGUGCCAAUCACUUCUUUGGUCUAUCUUCCCUGUUGGAUGUGGUCUUUCAAGUUGGUUGGUGCCUCUUCCUCAGGAGCUGUGUGAUUUAGGGUUGACUGCUAGUGAGAUGGAGGUGGCAUUGCCCUAUCUGAACAAGUUCUGUCAGUUGCUAUCUGCAUGGCCAGGAGCGCCCUUUCAUUUGAAGUCCCCAAUCAAGCUGGAUGGCUCUGGCAACCAAGCAGCAUACAAAGCCUUCAUCUUGGCUUGUGAAUUCUACAUCCAAACUGCAUUUGAUUAUCUUGGGUGUCAACCAUUCCUCCCCCACAUUUUUACCUUUGUCUGA